AGGAUGCUGCUGCUGCUGCCGGGGCUGGUGUCCGUGGACUGGUGGUGUUUCUGAUGCUCCCAUGUGCCCACGCGACGCCUCUUCUUCUUCUUCUGCUCCUAAACUGUGCUCGUGAGGUCGCGAGGAGGCUUUGAAACCUGAACAGGUGUUAAAAUGGGGAACGGUUCGAUGAAAUCCAAGCGUUACAAACACGCCGACGGUUCUGCCUCGGCCUCCAACGGCCGGGCCCACAAAGACCACGGCUGCAGGUCGAAGAACUCGUCCCUGGACUCGCUGAGAGCCCGGGUGGAGGAGCUGGAGCGAGAAGGGAAGAGGAAGGACGAGGAGCUGGUGUCCAAGGAGGCGCAGAUUAAAGGUCUGCAGGAGCAGCUGCUCAAACAGACGCGAGCGCUGGCCGAGCUCAGCGAGGAGCUGCACAACAAGUGCGUCCAGCUCAACAAGCUCCAGGACGUCAUGAAGAACCAGACCGGGCUGGGGGCGGGGCCAGGGGCGGGGCUACCGUCACGGCCGCCGUCGGUCAAAGGCGGCGGCAGCAGGAGCAGCCCCAACCUGAGCGUCCGCAUCAAGGAGACCAUCAACCGCAGGAAAGGGGCCAAGGCGGGGGUCUCGGCUGAGCCCACGUCCAGAACCUACGACUCCAGCAGCCUGCCCAAGUUCUCCUUCGAGAAGGCCCGGGUACCGAAGGACGCAAGCGUGAAGAAGCUGUUAACAGACGCCCUGAACAAGAACCAGUACCUGAAGAGGCUGGAGCUGCAGCAGAUCAAAGACAUGGUGGAGUGCAUGUACGAGCGCACCUACCAGCAGGGAGAGUACGUCAUCAAGCAGGGGGAACACGGAAACCAUCUGUUUGUCCUGGCAGAUGGGAAGCUGGACGUGUUUCAACAUAACAAGCUGCUCACGUCGAUAACGGUGUGGACCACGUUCGGGGAGUUGGCCAUUCUGUACAACUGCACCAGGACGGCGUCGGUCAGAGCGGUGAACAAAGUGCGAACAUGGGCCUUGGAUCGGGAGGUGUUUCAGAACAUCAUGAGGAGGACGGCGGAGACGCGCCACGAACAGUACCGCAACUUCCUCCGAAGUGUUUCGCUCUUGGCUAAUUUACCAGAGGACAAGCUCAGUAAAAUAGUGGACUGCCUCGAGGUGGAAUACUAUGACAAAGGAGAGUACGUCAUCCGGGAGGGAGAGGAGGGCAGCACCUUCUACAUCAUCGCCCAGGGAAAGGUGAAGGUGACCCAGACCACUGAAGCACACAAACUGCCUCAGAUCAUCAACACUCUGCAGAAAGGAGAAUACUUUGGAGAGAAGGCACUGAUCAGUGAUGACGUCAGGUCGGCCAACAUCAUCGCAGACGAGAACGGCGUGGAAUGCCUCGUCAUCGACAGAGAGACGUUCGAUCAGACGGUGGGUACCUUCAACGAGCUGCAGAAGUACCUCCAAGGAUACGUGGCAACGCUCGACCGAGACGACAAGAAGAGACACGCCAAGAGGUCGGUGUCGCGCCACCAGAGCCAGCCUCUGUCUCCAGAUGUGAUCCAGCUCAAGGACAUGGUGUCGGCCUUCCCGUCCUCCAGACCCUUCGACCAUCUGGACGUCAUCGCCACUCUGGGCGUCGGCGGCUUCGGACGAGUGGAGCUGGUGAAGGUCAAGAGUAAAGACGUCACCUUUGCAUUAAAGGUCAUUAAGAAGAAGCAUGUGGUGGAAAACAGGCAGGAGGAACACAUCCACUCUGAGAGGAAGAUCCUCACCGAGGCUCGCUCGCCCUUUGUCGUCAAACUCUACCGCACCUUUAAGGAUAAUAAAUACGUCUACAUGCUGUUGGAGGCCUGUUUGGGCGGAGAAAUCUGGAGUCUGCUCAGAGACCGGGGAAGUUUUGAUGAGCCCACCGCCAAAUUCUGCGUGGGUUGCGUCACGGAGGCUUUCGAUUACCUCCAUCGUAAAGGUGUCCUGUACAGAGACCUGAAACCUGAGAACCUGAUGCUGGACGGCGAGGGUUACAUCAAACUGGUGGACUUCGGUUUUGCCAAGAAAAUCCGAUGUGGACAGAAAACCUGGACGUUCUGCGGGACUCCAGAGUACGUGGCACCUGAGAUCAUCCUGAACAAAGGACACAACUUCAGCGUGGACUUCUGGUCUCUGGGGAUCCUGGUGUUUGAGCUGCUGACAGGGAGUCCUCCGUUCUCCGGCAGUGACCAGAUGAUGACCUACACAUUCAUCCUGAAGGGGAUCGAGAAGAUGGACUUCCCCAAAAAAAUCUCCAAAAGACCUGAGGAUCUCAUACGAAAGCUGUGCAGGCGGAACCCCUCUGAGCGCCUGGGUAACCUGAAAAAUGGAAUCACUGAUAUCAAGAAGCACAGGUGGUUUAAUGGAUUCAACUGGGAAGGACUGAAGGCCCGGACUGUACCGUCUCCACUGAGGAGAGAACUUUCAGGGCCGACAGAUCACAGCUACUUCGACAGUUACCCUCCGGACGAGGACAGUCCUCCUGAUGAGCUGUCGGGCUGGGACAUGGACUUCUGAGACCUCCGUCCUCAUUGACCUCCCACGGCUCACACACACACAACAAGGAAAAAGAAAAGUAAAAAGCCUUUUCAGGUGACGUCAUCCUCAGGUCCUGGUUUAUUUAAACUGUUAAAUCCAGCAGCUACAGAUGGAGGACAGACAAACACCUGAGGGUCCAUUUAUGAUCACUUUAUGAACGUAAAUAGGUCUGUUUCUAAUGUCA